AGAGAGGGGCCCAGAACCGGCCCCGGGGUUGGGUUGCCUCAGCAGCGCCACCUGAACAGUCCUUGCCCGCUUUGGCUGCUGUCAGCCAGCACCUCCGGGUCCCUUUCCGUUGGGAAAAUAGGAGAAUUUUGGCCUUUUCACCUUACUCUUCUCUCAUCCUGCAAACAGGAGCGGGUUCCCUUUCCCAGCGUUUCCUCGGAGAGACGCGACCCCUGCAGCCAUCGCCGCCUGCCAGUUCACCGGGCUCCUCUUCCUGCACCACAACAAGCGGCUCCUGAUCAAGGCCAGGCAAACAGCCGCUGAUAACACAACUUCCAGGUUGCUCUUCCCAAGGCCGGCCUGGGGCCAUUGAACGGCGGGCACAGACGGGCGCCCUGUGUUUGUCUGUGAACCCUGGCAGCGACACCUGCUCUGCAGGGCCUUGGUGCCAUGGUACAGCCUGGGUUAAUGACUCUGUUUAUCCUCUCUGGGUGAUCCUGAUAAGGCCACACAGCCCCUCCCGCGCCGAUUCAUUGAGAAAACGGCCGUUGGAACUCGCCUGGCCCGGCCAAUCAGCCCAGCAACAACGGGGUUGGGCGGGUGGUUUUAAUGAGGGCUGCUUAAUCAGGGCGGUCAAGGCUGCAGAGGGGUGUUCACUGUGACCUGGCCUUAUAAGAGCCGGCUGGAGCCGCCAGGGGCUGGCAGAGCUGGGAGGACGGGGACAAUCCGGCCCGUGACAGAUUCUGGAAGGGAUUUUCCGUCUCUCUCUCGCCGGCUGGGUUUGGACGAGGAGCUGCCUCAGCCAUGAGCAGCAGCGUGGAUCCGGGCUGUGAGAGGUGCCAGUGCCACAGGGACAGGCAGCCCGCCAUCCUGUACACGCUGCUGAGCCAGGAGCUGCGGCCCGGCACGGCCCGGCACCCCCCCCCCCCCCCCCCCCCCCCCCCCCCCCGGCAGCGCUGCCUGUGCCGGCAGCGCCGCGCCGUGUGCCUGCGCACGCCGCACCUCACCUGCCGCGCCGCCUCCGGCGUGCUGCUCAAAACCAUCAGCUUCGUGCGGAACGUGGCUGCCUUCCAGCUGCUGCCCCGCGAGGACCAGCUGCUGCUGCUGCACGGCUGCUGGGUGCCCCUCUUCCUGCUGGGGCUGGUGCAGGAGAUGGUGACCUUCGAGGUGAUGGAGGCCCCGGCCCCCAGCAUGCUCAAGAAGAUCCUGCUGAGCGGCCAGAGCAAAGGGCAGGAGCCCGAGGGGACGCAGCCCACGCUGGCGGCCGUGCAGCGCCUGCAGUGCUGCCUCAACAGCUUCUGGAGGCUGGACCUGAGCCCCAGCGAAUACACCUACCUGAGGGGAGCCAUUCUCUUCAAUCCAGACAUCCCGGGGCUGAGGGCUGCCCCGUACAUCGGGAGCCUGCAGCGGGAGGCGCAGGGCGCGCUGCGGGCGCUGCCGCGGCCCGAGGGGCAGGCGCGCUUCUCGCGCAUCCUGCGCGCCAGCUGCUCGCUCCGCGCCGUGCCCGCCGGCCUCGUCACCGACCUCUUCUUCCGUCCCGUCAUCGGCGACGCCGCCAUGGGCCAGCUGCUGGUGGAGAUGCUGUUCGAGGCGCCCUGGCUGCCCCUGCCCCGCUGAGCCGGGCUCUGCAGGACCUUUCUGUGCCACUGGAGGAUCCCCGGGAGCGGCUGGGGUUUUACAGCUCUCCAGCCCAGGGAGUCUGCGGGUUCCCUGCCCUGCUCCCGGUUUUCACUCGUUUCGCUGUGAGCUCCAAGCAGGGAGGGUUGUCCUCAGCUUGAUCCCGUGGCGGCCUCAGUGGGAUCAUGACAGGACAAAUGUGGAAUUAACUCCGGGUCCGGCUUCCGUGUUUGGAAUCUUAGAAAUCCUCAGGAAAUUUCUUCAGAGAAAAAGCCAGGGUGUUAAAUCCUACAGGGUGUACAGACUCACCCCCCUUUUCCUUAGAUUCUCUCUUUGCUCCAUAAUUCCAUGAAAUACAAGAGGAUUAGGAGCACUUAGCAGCACCUAAACCUACUGCACCUCAUUUGGGGCUCUGGGCUCUCCUGCCUGUGUGAAAAGUUAAACCUGAGCUGGUUUAGUGGGUGAUCCAAACCUCCCUCCCUGGAGUCAGAGCCAGGUGCACACCUGGAAAACUCGCUCCUGCUGCCUCCAACAGGUGAGGUGUCAGUAUUUUAUAAGUAGACAUUUGUUUGGUUUGUACAUA